UUUUUACUCGUUUUCAUUUAGCUGACGAAGAUCCCUGUUAUUAUAUUUUGAAAUUGCCAAACGUCCCAAAGAACCUUAAAGAAAUGAUUAUUAUUCGUUGCUGGUUAGAACGACUAUUUAAAUGUGACUUUGAGCGUGCUGAUUUUAUUAGAAGAGUAUUUAAUCCAGAAAUGAUAAAUAUAUUAUUUGAUAAUGACAAGACAAUUCCUCUUCAAUUUAAUAUUAUAAAUAUGUUUCUAUCUGCUAGCACAAAAAAACAAAUUGAGAAUAGUUUGAAAUUUUAUUUAAAUCAUCUAUCAAAUUCUGAAUAUUUUUACAUUAAUUUAUGCCCUGUUGACAUUACAGAUGAUCAUAUGAAUAUUUUAUUCAAUAUUAUAAUGAAUAAAGGCAAUAAAAUACGAGAAAUUAUUGUUGAGGGUUACAAGUUAGCAAAGCUUCAUGAUCUUAUUAUAGAGGUAAGUCAUCUAGUAUAUAAUAACAUGUUAUUAUCUAGUAUAUAAUAACAUCGAAAGACUGUUCAAAUAUGGUGCCUAAAAUUAUUUUUGUGUGUUUUGGUUUUCCUAAUCUUAAAUUAAGUGAAAGAGCAAAAAAUGUUGAAAUGGAUGAUUCAGAUUAUUUAGCUAGCGGAUGGGGUCAUGUGAGUGCGCCAACUGAGAACUGCCAACAGAGAGCG